AAUGGAGACUUCUUCCUGCCCAAGAAACAGAGUUGUGCCUCCUCCUUUCAUGAACCACAAUUUCCCUUCAUUAAUUCUUCUAAAAUUUCCAUGAGUUCUUCAUUAUUUCACUGCCAAGACUCUGAUUUCUCGCCGGAAUCUUCCUUGAGCUCCUUCGAAUCUCUCCGAUGGGAAGCUUUUCAAAAAAACGACAACUCUCUGCUCUUUAACGAGAAUGAUUCCGGCGAAAUGCUCCUUCACAACUUGAUCUCAGAGCCCACCUCAUACCCGACGGGGAAUUCUCUCCGGCAGGAUCCGAUCAAGGAAGAGGAGGUGGAUUCGCUCGGAGAAGAAGAACCCCACAAGCCAAAAUCCUACAGAGGAGUCCGCCGGCGUCCAUGGGGGAAAUUCGCGGCGGAGAUACGGGAUUCAACUAGGCAUGGAGUUCGGGUUUGGCUCGGAACGUUCGAUAGUGCCGAGGCGGCUGCUUUGGCUUAUGAUCAAGCCGCUUUCUCGAUGCGGGGCGCCGCCGCCUUUCUCAAUUUUCCAGUGGAAAGAGUUCAGGAAUCUCUCAAGGAGAUGGAAAUGAUCAACUCCGCCGCAUACGGCGGCGACGGUGAAUCUCCGGUGGUUGCUUUGAAGAGAAAACAUUCUAUGAGGAAUAAAUCAAGAAGAAAGAGCAAAAAUAAAGAAGAAAUUGGGAAAACAGAGAGUAAUGUGGUUGUUUUGGAAGAUCUUGGCCCUGAUUAUUUGGAAGAACUCUUGGAGCUAUCUGAGAAUCUCCGGCCAUGGUGAAUUACCGCUCAGCAUCUCGACCCGAAAUCUCGAGAUUAUAAAAAAUUAUUUGAAAGGCUAGAACAACGAGACCCAUACCAGAAAUAGCUACCUUAGCCAUAAUUUUUCCUUGCAUUUUUCAAGCAAGUGAAAAAUAACAAAAUUUCUUUUUUUUUUUUUGUUGUAUUUUAGUGUGAAUGUAUAAAUUAUAUCUAAUUAGUUUGCUUCGUUUUUUCCUUCAAUUGUUAUACGAAAGAUCACGAGAAAUUUGACCGAGUGA